AUGGCUCCGAAAUCAGGGGGGACGAGCAACAAUUUUGCCUUAACUACGAACGAGCAAUGGGAUCUGGAGCUUCCUACCAUACUGGCUGGAACAGGAAGCGAAUUAAACAGUAUGUAUUGGAAUGGUUGGGUAUUUGGUAUUGAUAUAAAUGUAUCAGUUAAAAGCCUGCUCUGUAGUGUAGAACACCUAUAGAUACCGAUUUAUAAGCAUUAAAGCAUAUGCCGUAAACAAAGAAUCGUAUGUACAUGACAACAUCACAAACACCGUUUCUGAGGUGAAACAACGGCACAGUAUAAAGGAAACCACAGCAACAAACGGCCCUGAAGGAACUGUGUCUCAUAAAAUUCAAGUCUCACUUAAACUUCUCGAAGAAGGAAUGCGCUGCCUGCACAACAGCAUAGCUUCAAUUAACAACGAUUAUCUUGAAGACAUUGAAUUGUGCACGUUACUCACAAUUGUUGUGGAGAAUCUACACGUAGUCUCCCAUUUUAAGGAUGAAACCUUCACCGCAUUGCCGUAUUCCCAAGACUUUGGAAUAAUUACCAACCAACUAUUUUACUCAUGAAAAAUCCUACUAUCGUGUUCCCCACAGCACCACAGAGCUCGCAAGUGUCAACUUUAUAUAUGCAACCGCUACCUUCAGAGUAGAUCAACCCCGAGACUGAAAGUGCUAUGAAAGAAUCGGGAGUGGAAGCGUAAAAGAGGACAGUGGGGGUUUUUCCUUGCCCUACUUUUGAAGGGUCCCCUCGUCAAGGAGAGAAGGAGAAAUGAACUAGUUUUUACUGACAACGUCAGUAACGUCAGAGCACAUCUUAUGGCUCGACAACAACGACACUGGCGACAAGUUCGUUUUCUCUGAGGUAAAAAAUAAAACACUUGUCUCUAUUAGAAAGCCUAAUGCUUGUGUUUGUGUUCACUCGUUUAUAGCUUUUCCGACUGCCUCAAAAUGAUGCUAAACUUAAAGGAAAACUGUUCAUUACAAGAUAUCAAAUAAAUUUUCUCUCUCUGAUAUUCUUGAUGGAACUAUGUAGCUCCAAAUGCAAUGUCAGUGGCUGCUUUUGCAAACUUGAGGUCGAACUCAAACCUGUGAGCACGUAGAUUGCAAAAUCUGUCAAAAGACGACCAAAAAAUAUGAUGCCCAUCUUGUCAGGUUUAAUGGGCUAAGUCACGCAAUUCGAAGUAAUGUAACAAUCACGAGCAGAUAGGAACUCACUGUACACCAUUAUAGACCGCGUGCAUAUUGACGAGAUCAUUACUGAUGCUUCCGGUUUGAGAUCUCACAAGUUCCCUCAAGAGGAAGCGGAUAGAAUUGAACGACUGUUGAAAGGUGACAUUGCCUCUGACGACGAACUCGUCGAAAAUGAAGAGGUAUCCGAUGAGGAUUCUACUGAUGAACCUCCUAAACGUGCGUUUGUAAGCACCAGGUUGGGGAAUUCAGCAACUCGCUUACAGCUGUUUUGA